CAGAAAACAGCGACUGGUUGGUUUUAGUAUUUUAAAAUGUUCAGAAAAUAUAAAAAAUAAUACUAUAUAUAAAAGAAAAAUAUCAAUAUUUGAUAACUAGGAAAUUUAUUGUUUUUGGUUUUGAAUUCCUAUAUGCUCAAAUUCAAUUCUAGAGCAGAUCUCGAAUAAAUCCAGGAAGUUCAUUGUUUACAUCUGUAAGGAAUUUUCAUUUAGUUGAAUAUUGUAUCAUUUUUUUAUUUAAUAACAGCAUUAUACAAGUAAUUUUUUCUCUAUGUUUUGAUCAAGUGUUUUGGAUAACCAAAAAAAUAAGUUUUUAUUUUCUAUGAACAAAGAACGUUUAUAAAAAAUCGAACGCAAAACUUAUUAAGGAAUAACAAAUUUUAUUCUAAUAAGGAAAAUAGUCUUUAAGUAAGGAAUGCGUGAAAAAUGAUGCUCUCAUUCUCGUUUUGAAAUUGAAAGUACGUAUGUAGGAGUCUGUGAAAACAAUCGUUUUCGUUCCUUUUUUUUUUUUUUAGUAAGUUGUUUGUAAUCAGUUAAGGUGUUUAUUUCAUGGAACUCAAAUCAAAUAAAUAAAUUACUUCUUAAUACCCAAACAAAUUUAUUUGGUAAUUAUUAUAUAUGACGCAUAGCUGGACUUUAAUAGACCAACCUGUUGAUUUACUUACGCUACAUUUCAAGAAACAUGUCAUAUUUGAGUUGUUAGUGCUUACCAAGUGAAAAAAAUUAAUGUUACAGAUGUUUGCAUGUAAUGUUGGAAGAAGAAAUACGUUCCGCUUCAGCUAGGGGAAAUCUCCAAGAUGUAACUUCUCUACUAAAAAGAGGGGCUAAAGUAGCACCAGAUUCUAGUGGUCGUACCCCUUUACAUCUGGCUGCUGCUGGAGGUCAUACAGAGAUAGUCGACACUCUUGUCAAUUCAACUAAUGUAAAUGCCACUGAUGCUGUGGGAAGAACUGCUUUGCAAAUCGCUGCAACAGGAGGGCAUGUAGAUGUGGUCAAAGUUCUUCUGAAACAUGGUGCUAAUGUCAAUUCGCAUGAUAAUUUGCAUGGCAAUACUUCCCUUCAUGAGGCUAGCUGGCAUGGGUUUAGUCAAACUGUGUCUGCUCUAGUGGAGUAUAAGGCCAACGCUGAUAUUAAAAAUUGUGCUGGUUUUGCUCCCCUUCACUUGUGUUGCCAAAAUGGUCAUAAUCAAAGCUGCAGAGAAUUACUUCUUGGCGGGGCUGAUGCUGAUAUCCAGAACAAUUAUGGGGAUACAGCACUUCAUACAAGUGCAAGGUAUGGUCAUGCUGGAGUGGCGAGAAUUCUAAUCAGUGCAAAUUGUAGAGUUUCUGAUCAAAAUAAGAAUGGGGAUACUGCGUUACAUAUUGCAGCUGCCAUGGGAAGGAGGAAGUUAACUACAAUACUUCUUGAAGCUGGUUGUGAUAAAUCUAUUAGAAAUAAGCAAUAUGAAACUGCCUGUGACAUAGCUACUAGAAAAGAUUUAAACGAAAUAAUUAUUAUUUUACAAAGUGUAAAAUCUCAGAAAGGAAGUAAAAAGAAAAGUAAGAAGACUAGUGACACUUCUGAUUCUGACAAAAAAAGUAAAGAAAACAAAAGGAUGGAUCAUGACCCGAGAGCAUGUGGUAGCUCCGUUCGCUGGUCUCCUUAUGGUUGCCAUUACUAUCCAGACCCAAAUGCGUUCCCUCAGCCAAAGCUGGACUCUUUACCUGGAGAGCCAUUGAGUAAAGGGGAACAAUAUUAUUUGGAUUUGGCUGGAAAUAUUCGUAAGGGACCUGUGGGCGUCGGUCUGACCUGUUAUUGUGCCAACUUUCUGAGAGAUAUGGAAGCAAGAUUAGAAAAGAAUCAUGUGGAACUGAAACAUAAGAUUAAGAAGACCCGGUAUAAACUGGAGGAAAGGGUAGAGCGAACAGAAGGAAUUCUAGCAGAAUUCCUAAGUGAAGGGAGGAGGUUCCGGUCGGCCAGUUUAGAUCUUCUUAGGGAUUGUGAUGUGACACCUGAUCUUCCUACACCUGACCUUAGUCAAAUUGACGAUGCUCUUCAUAAAAAAGCCAACAAAAAGAAAAGUCAUGAAGAGCUGCUUGAAAGCAAUUCAGAUCGAAAGCAUUCUCACUCUCAAGGUAGUACACCACUUCCAUCGUGUGAUACCUUUGAUGAAAAAGCUAUUGAAAAAAUUAGGGACUUGUCUUUGGCUGACAUAGACAUAGAAAAACUCCCUUAUAGGUCCCGCACUGCUGUUUACAGUCCCACCUUUACAGGAUUAUCUGGUCAAGAUGAAGCAGAUAACCCACCUAAUAUUCAAGCGCUUAAUUAUGUGCCAGAAGUUAUAGAUAUUAAGACCUUAAAUAAGGGUAUUGAAAAUGAAAGCCAUAAUCUGAAAAACCCAAAUGUAUUAUAAACACUACUCAUAAAAAUUGUAAAGUAUUAAUUUAUUGAGAUUAUAUAAUUUAUUUUAUUUGUAACCUAAGCUUUAAUUUAUGUUUCUAUAAAAGUAUUUUUUGUUUUC